GGGCGGGAGCUGCCGCGGGAGCCGGGGCUGCGGAGGUUGCGGGGGCCAGGGGCGCGGCUGCCCAGCAGCGCCGGCAGGAUGAAUAAAUAUAAACUGGUCCCCAAGCGCUCUAGCCGGUCUCCUGUCCAUCACACCAACUUGAGGACCCCGCCUUCAGGCAGACCCUUUAAGGAAGAAGACUUAAACCUGAUUUCAAAGGACUCCUUAGAAUCGGAUUCAGAAAGCCUCCCUCAAGAGGCUAAGUUCUGGUCUGAUAUUAAGGACCAAAUCCAGGACAAAGAUAUGGAGCCCGACAGCUUGGAGGAGGAUAGUUCAAGUGAGACCGAAGAGGCAGCCCACGGCACCAACAGGGAAGGCCUGGGAGCUCAAGGUGCCGGUGCGAAUCACAGCCAACAUCAGGUAGAAGACAAAUAUUCAGACCUCCGAUAUGAUCCCAAUUGGAAGAAUAAAAAAGAGGAGGGCCAACUAUUAGCUGUGGAAGCUUUGCCAGAGUCUGCAGAUAGCUCUUCGGACAACCUGCCAGGGGCUCCGCUCUACCCUUCCAGGGAGCCGUCCAUGAGACUCUCAGUGGGGAAAGGCAAAGAGAAGAGGAGUCCUCAGAGCGAAGCCUCCUUACUUGGAAGCGAAUUUCUAAGCCCAAAGUACGAGUGUGGCACCCAUCAAAAUGAGUUUUUUUCAGAACUAAGCGACAGUGACCAGGAGGACCAGGAGGACCAGGAGGACCAGGAGGAGAAAUCCAGCGACCUGUCUCCGUACCUAAAGAGUUCAAGCUCACACAACGAAGUUUUCCUGCCGGGGUCACGUGGCCCACGCAGAAGGAAAUCCAGACAGUAUUUUGUGGAAAAAAACAAGCUGACUUUGGGAUUACCCGCUCCUAAAGCAGACUCUUACCUUCAACUUCACAAUAAAAAGAGAGGAGAGACUCGCCUCGAACAGAUUUCCUACCCCAUCAGAGAUGCUGGCAAGAUGACUGUCCAGGAUGACAAAGAAGUCGAAAACACUUUCAUGGAUCCUGAGGACAAAUGGCAUCAGAGAGCAAAGCAGCUCAAGAAUUACCAAGAACAUUUGUCUCAGUGUGAAGAUACAAAAUCAGGCAACGUCCCAAGAGGUCAGUCUUCCAAUGCAGCCAACGUCCAGCAACCUUCUAGAAGAACAGCCAAGGCCAGGGUUCAGAAACAGAAGAAAUAUCAGAAUGGCCUGAAAUCUCUUGGGACAAAAGAACAAGUUGUCAGUCAAAAUAAUCAGAAUAACUCUCUCCAACAACCACAAACCCAAAGGCUGCCUAUGGAUACCUCAUCGAAGCAUGAGCCGACUGCACAAAUGACCGCUUCUAAUCCCAAUUUACAGGACCCCAGAACGCUCACCCAUAAUCCCAAAGUCACCUCCGACCCAUUCUUUCCACCCAAGGAGACUUUUGACAGAGUAGUAUAUAAAAACUCUGUCUUAGGGCUAAACACUAAUAAAAGAAGAGGACACAGACACGAGGAAGAGAGAAGAAUUUUGUAUCAGCAACAGCCCAUCUACAUAUUUUCUGAUAGAGAUCUGCAGGACUUUAAUGAAUUUUCUCACAGACACGAGUCCCUGAGUCAGAGAGGACCCCAGUCUGAUUAUCGCAUGAACACACACAGGUCCAGGUCAACGAAGACUAAGAAGCCAUCCAAGGAACCGGGGGCAGAGACGAAAUACAAGAACAUAGAGAUGCUCUGGAAACUCCACUCUUCCUCAGACAUGGAGCCCGGGAGUGCCUCUCCAGACUCCCGGCUCGCCCAGAUCAUGGAGCAGCACCAGCAAGCGCUGCUGCAGCUGGCAGAGGUGCAGCCCAGCGAGGGCUCCUUGUCCAGCACCGUAUUCCCGCCUAUCCUGUCCAGGGUAGAGAGUGAAUCCCAGCUCGAUUCAGAGAGAAGCCACAAGCACCAGAUGAGGAUGGCCCGUAGUAAUUCGGAAGGCUACCUGCUUCAGCUGGAGAAAGGGAAGAGACACAGGAAGCGAAGCCGAAGCCGCACAAAGAGUUCCAAGCUGAAAGGUUAUCAGAAAAGAGACGUGAAGCUUGGAGGCCUGGGACCUGACUUUGCGUCCAUCAGAGACAAAAUGCAAACGUUACUGCAGCAAAAAGAGUAUGCAAAGCAAGUCAAGGAAUACAACAUGAAGACACUGUCCGUUAUGUCCAAACCCCAGACAUCAAAACCUGACAGUAAGUCAACGAUUUCUCGGAAGAAGGCUUUGGACUAUGCUAAGACCAUCCCCAAACCCAAACCACCAACUCUGCCUUAUCAAACAAUGAAGACAACCAAGAACUCAAGGCACAGUGAGAAAGAAGGAAGCUUACCGGAAAUUUCCCUGCUGGAGAUCCUGCAGAGCAGACAUGAGCGGGAAAAGCAAGCCGUGGCUGCUUUCAAAGUCCUUCACAUUGUCUAGGCAGCGUUUGGUGAGGAUCAAAAAUGCUAUGCAAGGGACAUGGAGAAAAGAAAGUGAACCGUUCCAUCUACGCUGAGUGGUGAGCAGGCCCUGCUGCCACCCUUGUCCGCUCUGUGCAGAAGUUAAUGGUGGCAUGUUUAACCUUCUGGAAAGAAAAAUAUAUGUAAUUAUUUAUUUUCCAAUCUGUUAGAAUUCGGGCAGGUAGGCAGCUAGACAAUAAAGCCUUUAGUUUUAUAUUGGA